AUGAUGGCACCACAGAAGAGGUCUGCAGAAGAGGCGGAAUCCCUCUUGGGUGGUGUGAAAUCUAUUUUACUAGAGAUAGAUGGAACAACAACUCCACUUUCCUUCACCGAGGACACACUUCUUCCUCAUGUACGAAAUAAUCUUGAGAGUUACCUGAAGAAAAAAUUUGACAAUGCUGAUGUACAGAAAGCCAUCGCUGCAUUGAGAGAUCAGGCGGCCAAAGACAAAGAGGAGAAAGUCGAGGGUGUGGUGGAGAUUCCCAGCGGAGAUGCAACCAAAGAAGAUGUCAUUAAAGCAGUGGUUGACAAUGUUCGGUGGCAGCUGGAUGGAAAGAGAAACACAACAGAAUUGAAAGCACUGCAGGAAUUUGUAUUGAGAGAUGCAUAUGCGUCCAAAGCAGUCACAGUAGAGUUAUUCGAAGAUGUUGGUCAGAUGCUGAAAAUGCUCGCUGAGGAAGGCAUCCAGUUGUAUGUCUAUUCAUCUUCCAGUGUGGAAACUCAGAAACUGUUCUUUGCAAACACCAAUCAGGGAGAUCUUUCUGAUGUUUUCGCUGGUUACUUUGACACAACAACGGGCAGUAAGACAGAGAGUGCUAGCUACAAGAAAAUUGCCACAGAGAUCGGCAAUGAACCUAAAGAUAUCCUUUACCUCACCCAUGUCCCUCAAG